AUGGAUAAUGCUAGCUCCAAUUUAACCACAAUUAAAUUUUUGCAAAGGGUAACAACAUAUUGGAAUUGGACAGUUUUAGAAACUGAGUACAUGCACAUGAGGUGUUGUGCCCAUAUCCUAAAUCUCAUUGUUGGGGAGGGUUUGAAAGAAAUUGAUGCAUUUGUUGCUAGGGUGCGUGAAGCUGUGAGGUAUGUGAAGUUCUCGCCCAAUAGAAAUCAAACUUUUAGGAGUUUUAUGGAGAGGUUAGGUAUGGAGUCCAAGAGUCUUCUUUGUCUAGAUGCACCUACUAAGUGGAACUCAACUUACUUUAUGUUAGAAACUGCUGAAAAAUUCGAGAAAGUAUUCCUUAGGAUGGACUUUGAAGAUGAUGGUUAUUCAUCAUACUUUAGGACCAAGGAAGAUAGUGGUGGUUUGGGAUCUCCUUGUAUGAGUGAUUUCCAAAAUUGUAGUGCAUUUGUGACUUUCUUGAGGCUUUUUUACAAUGCAACAAAGAAGUUCUCCGGCUCUUUGUAUGUUACCUUAAAUGCAUUUUUUGAUGAGAUCUUUGUUAUUCAGGAGUUGGGGAAAGUGAUGGUUUAUAAGGUGAAAGAUCUUUUGAUGAAGUUGUAUACUUUUUACUGUUCUAUUAAUUCCCCAAAUGUUCAAGAACCAAGUGGGAGUGAGAGGACACAAAUGGUAGGUGAUGCUAGUGAUCCAUAUGUGAUGGUUCACUCUCGAUAUGAGCUUUUCUUAGAAGCUGAGCAAUUUGUAGGUUGUAGUAAUGAGUUUGAAAAGUAUUUGGCUGAAAAUUGUGAUGGUAGAAAGGAUGUGAAUUUUGAGGUAUUGGGGUGGUGGAAGAACAAUUCUAGUAGGUACCCAAUGUUGUCCAAAGUGGCUAAGGAUGUGCUGGUUGUACCAGUUUCAACUGUUGCAUUUGAGUUAGCAUUUAGCACUGGAGGCCGCAUUGUUGAUCCAUUUUGA